AGGGCCGCCAUGUUCACCCUUUAUUAUCAACAAGCUAGCCGGGCACAGUGAGUUCUUCAGUCAUUUUACUCAUUUAAAGGUGUUUAACCACCUUUAAAGUUGUUUAGCCCAGCUCUAGAGUCCAGUUUAAAGUAGUGCUCAUGUUAGACAACUUUUAACUGAUCUUUCUGAAACGCCAUCUGCAGAGGUUUCUGAGGUUGAGGUGAAGAGCAAUGGGAAAGCGAUAUCACUGUGAUUAUUGUGACCGCAGCUUCCAAGACACGCUGCACAACAGAAAGAAACACCUGAACGGGGUCCAGCACCACAGAGCCAAAAAAGCUUGGUUCGACAACUUCCGAGAUGCAGCUGCAAUUCUUCAGGACGAGAGAGCAAAGCAAGCGUGCAGGAAGUUUCUGCAGACAGGUCAGUGUGUAUUUGGGCCCAGCUGCCGGUACUCACAUAUGACUGAACAGGAUAUGAAGAAUUUGGAGCAACAUAUUAAUGAAAGACUGCAGGAGGUGGACUUGGACCAAGAGGGAACCUCCAUUAAACCUUCACUAGAGGAAUGGCUUUCCAGGAGAGUGAAAAAGGUAGCUCUGUCAUCAGGAAGUGUACUAAAACUGGAAGAGGAAACGGCAGUUAAAGCUAUUGAGGUUCCAACAUUUCUGCUUUCCAUCCCAGAUCUCCCUCCAUCACUUCUGCCCCUACAUCCUGGAGGAUGGAGAGGCAAAGUCCAUAAUGAAUGGGGUUGAAAUCAACUUUGUGUGCAGUCUUAUAACUAUAUGACAAAAAGUUUAUGGACACCUGACCAUCACAUCAUCAUAUCCCAAUUUGUUGAAAACGCACACACACACACACACACACAGUCAACUGGAAUUUAUUACAGUGUGCAGGCCCUAUAGACUCUGAAUAGAACAAAACACAAAUUCAGUCACUAAUUCAGUCAAUAAAAACAAACAAUGAACACCACCAGUUUAAUUCACUUGCUCACAUGAUAUUUAGCACAUUUCAGCAUUAUUGGUGUUAUAUCAAUAGAGUUUACAUACAUGACAUGUACAUGGUCUAACAAUACUUUCAUAUUAGUUAUUAUAUUGUACUUGGUGACCAUAUGGAGACAUUGUUGUUACUUAAAGAUGCUAUAAAUUGAAAUAUAUAUAAAUCUUGAUUGCACUUGCAGCUAAAAAAAUAUAGUUUAAGUAUAAACAAAUUAGUUGCUGCAUGUUAUUACCUAAAGAUUUACUUCACCCGUCUCACCUGUAUAAUUAAAAUAUAUGCAUGUUUAAAUAAUAUUGCUCAAACUGAUUAGUAAAAACGACACUAUUAUUAUUAUUAAAUUAAAUUAUGUUUUUGAAGUCCUGAUAACUUUCUUUUUAUAAAGUGUAUUAAAUAUAGCUGUACUUUACAGUAAUGUGUCAUACAAGUUUGCAUAUUUAAUAUACGAAUACUAAUUCUGACACAAUACAAUAUAGUAGUCAAAACAUACACGUUCACCUGCAAACAUUGAUUGCAUCAGUCAAUAAAAUCCCAAUAAUAUGGUGCCAUCAGAGUGUGGAGAACAUCAAAUGGGAUUCAUGGAUUGCUGACAUGACUAUUUUGGUUUAAUUAGCACAGAGCUAAAAGACCUGUUUACACCACAAAUGUCCUUAUUAAAAUUAAUUCCAGCAAGUAACUUGCAAACGUAGGAAAAUCAUAAUAGUGGACAUGAAUAUUGCAUCAUAGUUAUUCCAACCAGGAAUCUUGCUAAUAUUUCCAUUUAUAAUGCUGUAAAAAAUGUACUUGUAUAUUUAUUAAAAAAAAUCUUGCAAA